GCGGAGUGUCGAGACCCACAAACUCAGGAGUCUCGGCCAGUCCCCUGCUUGCCCACCGCCAAAGCAAGCUCCCCUUUCCCGCCCGCCCUGCUGAAAAAGUGCACAUUUGGAACCUCUCGUCCUCUUCCCUCUCUUCCAACGAUACCCCAUUUCCAGCUCAGCAGUCCACGUUUUGGACUGUAGCAGCUGUCUGUCAAGAUGUCGAAGCCACAGAGCGCCAACGGCAGCGAGUCCGAAUUUGAGUUUAUCGAAACUCCCAAGGCUCCCACGCCGACCUUCGAGAAGGUUGAGGACUGCGGAGUGCGCACUACGUCGUAUCCGACCAUCAAAAAUGCGCCGCUGCCCGCAGAAGGCGCUGGCACCGAGAGCUUCUCCAACAAGCUGCUCUUCUCCAUCCUCGGCGGCGUGCCCCUUUACCUUUCAUGGAAGCUCGGUGGCGGCCUGAAGACGGCGCUCUUUCUGGCUCUCUUCACCACUCUUCCUCUGCUCGCUGCCUUCUGGCUGAUCGUCUCGACGGUGUCACCCCGCAAGAACGAAAAGGCUCGUCUCCCGGGCCGUCCAGUCGAGCACUACCUCACUUUCAAGAACCCCGCCGACCGGGCCAAGUACCAUGGCCGCAACAAGAUCCCCAUGGAGACCUUCCACGAGAUGUACUUUGACGGCGACGUCGACUUCAAUGGCGACGCCCUCGAAGUUCUGGAGUACCGUCACGAUUGGGCCAGCUUCCGGUUCACCUUUGGUUUGAUCAGGUUCUUCCUGACCGGCAUGAUGCCCGAGGUCAUCAUGCACACCCGCUCCCAGGAUGAGGAGCAGGUCCGCGACCACUACGACCGCGGCGAUGACUUCUACGGCUGGUUCCUCGGCCCCCGCAUGAUCUACACGUCCGGCAUUAUCGGGGACAUCAACCGGGAGGAGACCCUGGAGGAGCUCCAGGACAACAAGCUGGCCGCCGUCUGCGAGAAGAUUUCCCUGAAGGAAGGUGAGCGCUUGCUCGAUAUCGGCUGCGGCUGGGGCACCUUGGCCCGCUUCGCCAGCGUCAACUACGGCGCCAAGGUCACCGGCAUCACCCUGGGCCGCAACCAGACUGCUUGGGGCAACAACGCCCUGCGCAAGGUCGGCGUUCCCGAGGAACAAAGCAAGAUUCUGUGCAUGGACUACCGCGACAUUCCUGUGCCUGAGGGUGGCUACAAUAAGAUCACCUGUCUUGAGAUGGCCGAGCACGUCGGUGUCCGGCAUUUCAAGUCGUUCUGCAAGCAGGUCUACGACAUGCUGGAUGACGAUGGCAUCUUCUUCCUCCAGAUCGCCGGUCUUCGCAAGAGUUGGCAGUACGAAGACUUGAUCUGGGGUCUCUUCAUGAACAAGUACAUCUUCCCCGGCGCUGACGCUUCGACUCCCCUCGGCUGGUUUAUCGACAAAUUUGAGGGUGCUGGCUUCGAGGUCAAGGCCGUCGAUACCAUUGGCGUGCACUACUCGGCCACUCUCUGGCGGUGGUACCGCAACUGGAUGGCCAACAAGGACAAGAUUGAGGCCAAGUACGGCAAGAGAUGGUUCCGCAUUUGGGAGUAUUUCCUUGCCUACUCGACUAUCAUCUCCCGUCAGGGAAGUGCCACCUGCUACCAGAUUGUCCUCCACAAGAACAUCAAUGCGUUCCACCGCAUCGAGGGCGUUCCCACGCAGUAUGGCCUCAACGGCUCUACUCGUGCCACCAAGGCUGAUAUGAAGGCCUGGGCCGAGGCUAACGCUGCCGACUUCCCUCUCGUCCCUGCUCAUUGAAAUCUUUCUGGGACAUGCAAAGAAGUUCCCAACCUGAAGGCCUCGGCUUUGCUAUCGAGAAAGCUUCUUGGUUGGUGAAAUGCAUGAUAGGUGAUCCACCGACUAGGUGAUCAUACGUGGCGGAUACGGAGUGCUGUAUGGCGAUAAACAAAUGUGGUUCUGGAAUUGGGCAUGAUACAGGGACUAAUACAGAAGCAAGAGUAAAGAACACGUUCCCUAGGGACGGUUGAUUUUAUGCCCUCGGAUAGAGUUAGAAGUCAAAUGGUGACAUUAAUCAAGCCAGAAGUAUGGCAAUAUGAGACUACACUACUGAUUUAACGCCAAACGGCGGACGGAAUCAUUAUUCCGUGGAGAUCCUGC